AUGGCAUUGAAAUCACCUGUAACCCAAGAGACCUACUCUCAAGCAAAGGAAGAUGUUAUAGCAGUAGGGGGUAAAGUUACUUAUGAAUUCCGUGCUGCUUUCAAAGCUUUAUUGGUCAGAUUUCCCAAAGAGCAUAUUAAUACAUUAAGUGCAAAGCCUUAUGUUGACUUUAUUGAAGAGGAUAAAUCAGUCCAUACAUAUGACAACAUUCCAGAAUGA